AUGUCGGCCAUGCGACCCGUCGUGGGGACACCCCUCGCGUCAUGCUGUACGGUGAUCUCGGUGUUCGGAGCGGUGAUCCUGUCGAUUUUCGGGUGGGGCUUUUCGCACAACUGGCCCGCGCUCAUGGGCUCGACCGAGGAUCCCGAGGACGGCAGCGCCGUCGGCAACGUGUGCUACGUCGCGGCGCUCGUCUACCUCGGCCUCAUCGCCUUCUGCACAUGCCAGGUCGGCGUCAACAAGCGGUACGCUAGGAUCAGCCUCUAG